AUGAUAAAAGCUCUAUUAUUACUUAAAAAUCCAUUCACAUCUCUUAUUAAGAUGAAGUCAAAAGUUUUAUCUCGAAAAAUACGUAUUAUUAUAUUAUUAAUUAUUGAUAUUUUCUUUUUUCUAACGGAACUUGUAAUUGGUUUUAUAUUGAAUUCUCUUGCACUUAUUACAGACUCAUUUCAUCUACUAAACGAUAUUAUUUCUCUUGUAAUAUCAUUAUGGUCUAUAAAACUUGUUUUAAAAAAAAACCCAUCAGCAAAAUAUACAUAUGGAUGGCAACGUGCAGAGGUGCUUGGUGCACUAAUUAAUGGUGUUUUUUUAUUGGCAAUUUGUUUAGCUAUUCUUCUUGAAGCAGUUCAGAGAUUUUUUAAACAUGAAGAAAUACAUAAUCCAGUUUUAAUCCUUAUUGUUGGCAUUUUAGGUAUGGUUAGUAAUGCGUUUGGUCUUUUUCUAUUUCAUGAUUUUAAACAUCAUCAUAAAAACAUAAAGGACAAAGAUGAAAAUAAUAAUCAAGAAACAAACGAAGACGUACGUCGUUUUCCAAUAACUAUUUAUAAUAAAUUAAAAAUUUUUUAUCGACGUAUUUUUAAUAAACAUAUGAACAAUACACUUGAAUACAAUAAUACCAUAAACAAAGAUACAAAGGACUGUACUAGAAUAUCGCCUGAAGAAAAAAAAGGAGAAUUUGGAAAUAAUUUUAAUGAAACACCUGUUCAAAUGUUACUUGAUGAACAUAAUCGUCAUAAUCAUGCAAAAUCAAAAAACUGCCCUACGAAAUAUCCAUAUCGUAGUCUAAACAUGAAAGGAGUUUUUUUACAUGUUCUUGGAGAUGCAUUAGGGAAUUUUGGAGUUAUAAUAAGUGCUUUGUUUAUAUGGCUAAGUAAUUAUUCAUGGAAAUAUUAUGCAGAUCCAUUCAUUAGCAUGGUUAUUUCAAUUAUUAUUUCUAUUAAUACGCUUCCUUUAAUAAAGUCCUCAAGCCUAAUUUUGCUUCAAGUUGCACCAAAGGAUAUUCAUGUUGAAGAUAUUAAAGAAGAUAUUUCAAGCAUAAGCGGUGUUAUUUCUAUCCAUGAGCUUCAUAUAUGGCAAUUAUCAGAUACGAAACUAAUUGCAUCUGCACAUAUUCUAAUUGGCUUUUCUCCUGAUAAUGCAGAAAAAUACAUGAAUUUGAUUGCAUCAAUUCGCCAAUGUCUUCAUGCAUAUGGAAUACAUUCAAGUACUAUUCAGAUUGAGUUCCAAGGUGUUUAUCCUCAUAAGGCUUUUUUUACCGAAAACAACAAUAGGAGAUCAUCUUGUUGUCUCUUAGAAUGCGUUGGUGGAGAAGAAUGCUUCGACAAUCGCUGUUGCAUUUCUCCCAAUAGUAUUGAGAAAGAUUUUGUUCCUUAA